UUUCGGCAUGAUGACGUUCAUUAUACCCGACAAUCUCAGUUAACACAGUGUAGCUAUUAAACCACAUGUAUCCGUGCUACUUAUUUGCUCCCGUGUGAGUGUCGCACAAUCUGCAACGUCAAUCCUAUGCGACAAAUGUUAUUUGGCUAAGUAGUUAGCUUGGAUAAAGUGUCUAAUGGACUGUGUACGAUAAAUUGCCGAAGUAAUGGCGGAUUACUGGAAAUCUCAGCCCAAAAAAUUCUGCCAGUAUUGCAAAUGCUGGAUUGCAGACAACAAGCCUAGUGUAGAAUUUCACGAGAGAGGAAAAAAUCACAAACAAAAUGUCACGGACAAAAUCGAAGAGAUUAAAAAGAAAAGCACCGAAAAGGCGAAGAAGGACGAAAAAAUGUCCAAGGAAUUUGCAGCAAUGGAAGAAGCUGCUUUGAAAGCAUAUGAAAAAGACAUGAAAAGACUAAAAGCAGAAACAGAAACUACUGUUUUUGCUCAUGCAAAAGCUCAAAUAUCUGAGGUUGGAGGUACUGCAGGACCUGACCGCGAGAGUGAAUCUCAUGACUGGGUGCAAGGAACAAGUGACAAUGGACAAAUAUACUACUAUAAUGCAAAAACUGGAGAGUCUCAGUGGGAGAAACCAGAAGGGUUUCAAGGUCAAAGUGUGUCAUCAGCUACAGACAAAACUAAGAGUGUAUGGAUGGAAGCCACAAGCCCAGAGGGAUAUAUGUACUACUAUAACACAGAGACUGGAGAGUCUACAUGGGAAAAGCCAUCUGCGAUUUCUCCAAAAGGGAGACGCCCAAAUAAAACAAAUGUGGAACAUGUGUCUCAGUCAGAAUCCCCCUCUGGCAAAGAGGCUACAAGUUCCAAACAGAUCCAUGCUUCUAAAAUUAGCUUCAGGAAAAGAAAGGACGAAGUAUCAGAUCUAGCGGCAAAUGAUGAAAAAGAAACUACAUUUGAAGAAUUGCAAAAAGAAGAAAAAAAUGAAGGGAAUGGAGAAUCAGUUGUGCCUGCGAAAAAGAUCAAACCUCCUGCUAAAACAAACAAAAAGGCAAACCCAUAUGGAGACUGGGAACAGAUUCAGGAGGUUGAGGACCCAUAUGAAAAUGUGGAUUUGCAGCUGCCACAUAAAGAAAGUGGAGGUGCUGCAUCCAUGUCCUCUGAUGUUCCCCCGGAGCCCAAAGCUAAGUUUAAGGAACGCACCAUCACCUUUCUGGGAGAAGAAAGUAGCGUGGGAGCCAUAUUCAAAAAGAGAAAGACAGAUAAUGGUAAACCCAGGAGUCUUCGGCAAAGAGGGAAGGAAGAUUGAAGAUUUGAUGCCAUGGCAUCAGAUCCCACAAAUAAUUGAAUAGACUACUAUUUUAUACAUAUGUUCUGAUCAUUUCUGGAAACUUUUUAAAAUUUGUAUUGUUACCAGUUUGUGGUGUGAACUUGAUUUUUUUAUUGUUAGCAGUUUGUGGUGUGAACUUGAUUUUUUAUUGUUAGCAGUUUGUGGUGUGCACUUGAAAGAACUUCUAUAAGAAUAUUUGUAUAUCCUUUCAUAAUUCUUUCAGCCGAUUUUUUAUUUGACUUCAUGAACACAUACUUAACAAGCAACACAUUAAAGCUACAAACAGUCAUUAACUGCUUUCACAGUUCCUA